CGAUCGGGUGGAGAAGCUUGACGUAGGGUAGUUCGGUCAUUAUCGCUCUUUCUAUGUUUGUCCUCACCAUCAUCGUAUACGAGCGAUUGCCUCAAGGCGUGUCUGUUUUCGCAGCGCGGCGCUGGAAGCUCAAUUUGAGAGCGCCCAAGGCGUCCCCGAUGCAUCUUCAAACAGUGGCGUAGUGGAAAGAGUAGGUGCGAGUGUCAACGGGGGCUCGUCUCCUGCAGCGGUCGGGACAGCCUUCUUCACGGCAAAGUCAUCUUGUGCGGCGGCCAACCUUGUUUAAAAGGAAAACGUCGAAGAAGUGCUUUUUGGAGCGGUGAUUGUUGUUGUGGCGCCGUGUCAGCUGGCCGGGAAAUGAGCCCACACGUUGGCGAAGAUGGCUUGCCACCGAAAUCUGUUUUGGAGCCAAACAGUGUCGUCACAAAGGUUGAGAAGCCGUGGCCUUCAAAACCCGCAAGCAGGUUACUACGACGAUGGAACUGCUGGGGCCAACUUCCACGGCAUGGUCCCGACAGUGUCCACAGCUGGCUCGUUGCAGGCUGCUGCGCCAUGGCAUGCUUUUGUGCUCUGGCUGGGAGGCGUUCAUCCGGAUUUCUGCUCGUGGCUUUCCUGGACACGUUCCAAGUAAACAGGCGGGAGGCGUCAUGGCCCAUCAUGCUCCUCAGUGCCCUCCUCUGCCUGUCUGGGCUUGUUGGAGGGCCUCUGGCACACAGGUUCACAGCGCGACCAGUUCUGAUAGCGGGAUCAGCCCUGUCCAGCAUCGGCGCAAUGCUCAGUUUCUUCGCUACAAGCAUUGAUAUCGUAAAAAUAACAAUCGGAGUGAUUCAUGCAAUCGGAGCGGGCAUGGUGUUCGUCGUCUCUCCUACAAUCAUCAGUGAGCACUUCGUCAAGCACAAAGGCCUCGCCACAGGAGUGUAUUUUUUGGGCGCCACCAUGGCGGCCUUUGUUUUUCCGAAGUUUCUGGAGUACCUGUAUGAUAGGUACGGCCUGCACGGCACUCUUUUGAUCUUUGGAGCAGUGCUCAUGAAUGGGCUUGCGUUCAGCCUGUUCCCUCGCACUCCCGAAUGGAGGAAGGCCGCUCCCCUGGAAGAGAAAAGGGGCAACACCGAGUUAUCGUCGUCGGAGGAGAAGGGCAGAUUGUGGCGUCAUGGACUGAGCAUCUUCAAGUCACCCAUCCUCUACCUCUUCAUGUACAGUUUCAUCGUGCAGAGCUUUGGUUACGAGUGCUACAUCGCGCUUUUCAUUGACUUUGCCGUGGAUCGAGGAGCUACCCUUUCCACUGCAGUGACAGUGUAUGCCGUGGGAGCGAUCGCUGAAGCCUUCGCCAGGCUCUCGCUUCCAGCAGCAGUUGACCGUGGACUACUCUCGAACAAGGCACUACUGGUGAUUGUAUUCGCAGGCCAAGGUUUAAUACUGCUUGCACUGCCGUUCUUGCACAGUCACGGACUCAUCUUCGCCGCUUCUGUGGGUACAGCCUGUACGAUUGGUGCUGGAAUGAUCGUGAUUCCCGUUACUGUAUCCGGCUAUUUUGGUGUGGAACGAAUGUCGAUGUCGUACGGCAUCAUCGUUGCUUCGGCUGGGUUGUUCUCAUUCGGAAAACCUACAGUCAUAGGCUACUUCCGGGAUAGAGAAGGCGCCUACGAUGUCCUCUUUCUCAUCUGUGGAUUGCUGACAGUGCUGGCUGCUCUUGCGUGGACUCUGUUUUUCUUGCUAGAAGCAAGGCGAAAUAGAAACAAAAUGACGAAAGAGUGCACACAUGCAGAGAACGGGGUGGAAAUCACACGCAUGUGAACCUCCAAUAACGUGAAACAGGCAGCGGCCGAUAAGGAACACUGAGCCGUAAUGCGAAGCAUGCGUCACAGAAACUUCAGGAAGUUGGAAAAAUUGGCAUGCUUAAGGAGCAUCAUGAGGGGGCGGUUGUGCGAUCUUGCUUGUUCUGCUUGCAAGCUUUGACAGCUUUCCGAUUAAAUUGUUUCUGCGCAACAA